AUGUUUUCAGGCUCAAAUUCCAGUGACACGGUUACGGAAGAUGGCGGUCACAAUGAGCAGCACAUCAUCGUCUCUGAAAAGGGUGUAAACAGAAAUUCUGGUCACGAGGAGCGUAUUUUCUCAAAGGAAGAAGAGGCCGGAUAUCAAUCUCCGAUUCAAGCACCCGUCGGCAGUACUCCGCCAGAUGGUGGUCUGCGGGCAUGGCUCGUGGUUAUAGGGGCAUGGUGCACCUCGGUAUGCAGCUUUGGGUGGAUUAACAGCGUGGGAGCGUUCCAGGACUAUUACGAAACUACGAUUCUGAAAGACUACUCGACCAGUACCGUCUCAUGGAUCCCAUCUUUACAGAUUUUCUUCAUGAUGGCCUUGGGACCCUUCAUUGGCCUUAUAUACGACAAAUAUGGCCCUCGCCAACUCAUCAUUGUCGGAACCUUUCUGCAUGUCUUUGGCCUUAUGAUGACAUCUAUUUCUACCCAGUACUACCAAAUUCUCCUUUCACAGGGAGUUUGCAGUGCUAUCGGUGUUUCUGCCAUCUACCAGCCAGCGCUUAACAGCAUCGCUACUUGGUUCACUACGAAACGUGGUGCCGCCUACGGACUUUUGGCAACUGGCUCAAGUUUAGGAGGCGUCAUCUUCCCUAUCAUGGUCACUAGGUUGAUCAAAGAAGUUGGUUUCGGCUGGGCAAUGCGAACCUGUGCCUUCCUGAUCCUCGGCCUCCUCGUGAUCGCUAUUUUAACGGUUGAUGCGUUCAAUCCACCCAAGUUCCAGCCAAUCACCGUGAAGAGGAUGGUAGCUCCUUUCACAGAAGUUCAGUUUGCCUGCGUCUGUAUGGGAUUGUUGCUGUUUACUUUUGGGCUUUAUGUCCCAAUCAACUUCAUCUCGGUCGAGGCUGCUGCGGGUGGAGCGGACCCUAACUUGGUGUUAUACCUGGUUCCUAUUCUAAACGCCGGAAGUUUGUUUGGUCGUAUGUUGUCUGGCUUCGCUGGCGACAAAUUUGGCCGCUAUAACGUCUUCAUAACUGUUUGUUACCUUGCAAGUAUUUUCGUUUUGGCCCUCUGGAUUCCUGCAGCCACAACUGGCGCGAGAAUUGCCUUUGCUGCCAUCUUUGGAUUCUUUUCUGGAGCAUACGUUGCCUUGAUCGCUGCACUCGUGGUUCAGAUUUCGCCGGCAUCUGAGAUGGGCUUCCGGAUGGGUCUCUCGUUUUUCGUUUUGUCUUUUGGAGGCCUGACGACAAAUCCUAUCUCUGGCGCUAUUUUGGACGGCCCAUUGGGAUGGCUUGGACCUAAAAUAUUCUCUGGUAUCUUUUGUUUAGCUGGAACGACCUUUGUGUUGGCAGCGAGAAUCAACCAGACGGGAUGGAAACUGAGGGCUGUCUUUUAA